CUGUCCGCAGUCUCUGGUCAUCCCUGUGCUGUCCGCAGUCUCUGGUCAUCCCUGUGCUGUCCGCAGUCUCUGGUCAUCCCUGUGCUGUCCGCAGUCUCUGGUCAUCCCUGUGCUGUCCGCAGUCUCUGGUCAUCCCUGUGCUGUCCGCAGUCUCUGUCUCUGGUCAUCCCUGUGCUGUCCGCAGUCUCUGGUCAUCUCCUGUACUGUGUCCGCAGUCUCUGGUCAUCCCUGUACUGUGUCCGCAGUCUCUGGUCAUCCCUGUACUGUGUCCGCAGUCUCUGGUCAUCUCCUGUACUGUGUCCGCAGUCUCUGGUCAUCUCCUGUACUGUGUCCGCAGUCUCUGGUCAUCUCCUGUACUGUGUCCGCAGUCUCUGGUCAUCUCCUGUACUGUGUCCGCAGUCUCUGGUCAUCCCUGUACUGUGUCCGCAGUCUCUGGUCAUCCCUGUACUGUGUCCGCAGUCUCUGGUCAUCCCUGUACUGUGUCCGCAGUCUCUGGUCAUCCCUGUACUGUGUCCGCAGUCUCUGGUCAUCCCUGUACUGUGUCCGCAGUCUCUGGUCAUCCCUGUACUGUGUCCGCAGUCUCUGGUCAUCUCC